UCCGUGGCGGUGACGUAGCCGACGCGUCACAACAGUUCGAAGGUUACCAGGAAGUCAGACUCGUGGGUGUCCCCGUGUGCGACAGAAAACACAACCUUUAACCGUAAAGACGAGGCGCGGAGGAGCUCACUCGGAUAUAAAGCGGCCAUGUCGUCCUUCACCUGCAUCAGCUGCCGGGUGGUGUUCGCCGACGGCGAGGUGCAGCGGGCGCACUACAAGACGGACUGGCACCGCUACAACCUGAAGCGCAAGGUGGCCGAGAUGCCGCCCGUCACGGCCGACAACUUCCAGGAGCGCGUGCUGGCGCAGCGGGCGGCGGCCGAGGAGCAGCUGACCACCGCCGCCGCCACGCAGAGCUGCAGCACCUGCAACAAGAGGUUCUCCAGCGCCAACGCCUUCCAGAACCACCUGCAGUCACACAAGCACCUGCAGGCGGAGAAGCAGGCGGUGCAGGAGGCGCAACGGAGGGUGGAGCAGCUGAACCAGAGGAACCGCGAGAAGGGGCUGGAGGGGGAGGAGAAGGGGCUGGGGGAGGAGGCGGAGAAGGAGAAGGAGGAGGUGGUGGUGGAGGACCGCGACGGCCAGAACGAGGCCUUGAGGCGGGCCCUCAGGGAGCAGCAGAGGACCGGCCCCGCCCGGGGCGAGGAGGAGGCCCCGGGAGGAGCAGCAGGAGGAGGAGGAGGAGGAGGAGCAGCGAAGAAGCCACGGGCCGAGAAACCCCCGAGGCUGGUGUGGCUGGAGGAGCAGGCGAGGAGGGGGGGCGAGGAGGAGCCCACCGUCCCGGAGGACGACUGGGAGGACGUCGACGGCGAGGAAGACGAUGAUGACAUGGACGAUGAUGACGAUGACGAAGAGGAGCCCGAGGAGAUGAAGGAGGAAGGAGACGCGGCGGCGCCGACCUCAGACCCCCAGCCCCCCGUGGUGGUCCUGCCCGGGUCCCUCCCGGUCACAGAGUGCCUGUUCUGCCCGCACCACUCACGCUCGUUGCUGCGCAACGUGGCCCACAUGACCCGCGAGCACAGCUUCUUCAUCCCCGACCUCGAGUUCCUGGUGGACCUGAAGGGCCUGGUCCAGUACCUGGGGGAGAAGGUGGGCGCGGGGAACGUGUGCCUGUGGUGUAACGAGAAGGGGCGGUCCUUCUACUCCACGGAGGCGGUCCAGGGUCACAUGACCGACAAGAGCCACUGCAAGCUCUUCACCGAGGGGGACGCCGCGCUGGAGUUCGCAGACUUCUACGACUUCAGGAGCAGCUACCCGGACCAGGAGGGAGAGGACGCGGAGAUGAAGGACGGAGACCUGGACUCUCUGCUCGACGACAAGAACAUGGAGUACGACGUUGGCACACUGGAGCUGACCCUCCCCUCAGGGGCCCGCAUCGGACACCGCUCCCUGCUGCGGUACUACAAGCAGCGCUUCGGGACCCAGAGGGCCGUGGUCCUGGCCCACAACCGCAACGCCGUGGGCCGCGUCAUGAGGCAGUACCAGGCCCUGGGCUGGCAGGGAGACCGAGGGAAGAGCGGCUUCCACACGCACGCCCGCGACAUGCCGUAUGUGCAGAAGAUGAAGUCGAGGUGGAUGCUGAAGAUGGGCAUGAACCACAACAAAACCAAGCAGCACCACUUCAGGAUGCAGGUCCUGUUCUGAGCCCUGACCCGGGAUCGGGACCGGAGCACAGCGACACGUGGACCGUGGUUUCUCUUUGUACUGACCCUGUACUGACCCGUAUGGCCCAGACGACACGGUCGCCAUAACCAAGACAGACCAGGUCACUGCCACACCAGUUAACAAGGACCUUGUAACAAAAGUCGAUACGAUCACACACACGGUCCCACUUAACGCAUUGGACUAGAUACACAGCCUACACAACACACGUCCCCACAACCAGGGUGGACUAGAUGUCUCCACAAUACACAAGGUCCCAUAACCACAGUGGACUAGAUACCAACACAACACACGGUUCCUGGGAUGUUGAUUCCUUGCGUUUGUGGAGAAGAACAAUGCAUUGGAGAUCAGGAAGUUGUAUUUUGUGUAAAUGUUUCACCUGAAUCUUCAUAUUUUUGGGGGGGAGAAUGAAUAAUAAACUAAUGUAGUUGCUUUAUUAUUUGUGAUUCCUUUAUUAGGAAAAUAAAGUUCUCUUGAGUCUCGA